AACAAGGACAUCCUUUCAAGCCGGAGGCUUAGACAUUCAGCGUUAGGGAGAGAGGGCGAGGAGCGGAGUGGUGCCUGCUGAUAAGGUGCUAAAGGCCUGAUAGAGUCAAAGGUGCUGCUCGGAGAAAAAGGUUCCGAUUUCCGCCGCAGACCCUGAGCAAAGCGCUUAGAAGAUAAGACAUGGGAGCGUACGAUGAACAAGGGGCGGCCGUGGAGGAACCACAAGUUGGCCAUAUGCUGAUUAAAGAGAGCACAGACAGGUCAGGCCCUGAUCACCACAUGUCCACCCCCAUCUCCCUUCGCACACGGCCCAGCAAACAUUCCCAGAAGCUGGUCCACAAUGACAAGAUGUUUAUGGUUGGCGGAUGGACCCACAGUGACCCGUCCGGUCUGGUUGAACAGUUCUGCCCGGAGUACAAUGAAUGGAGAACAGCGGCGCGCAUGCUCAACAGCCGAGGCAGCGUGGCCGUCGGCGCGCUGGGGGGCAGGCUGUACACCGUGGGGGGGGAGGACAACAUCAGAUGUCACAGCAGUGUGGAGAGGUACAGCCCGGACGCAGACAGCUGGAGUACGGAUGUAGCACCCUUGAGCAGCCCCCGCAGCGGCGUGUGUCUGGCAGCGAUGGACGGAUACCUGUACGCCAUCGGAGGGCACGACGGCUUUACUGCCAUGAAUACUGUGGAGAGGUACGAUCCAAAAAUGAAUGCUUGGAGCAAGCAGACGCCAAUGCUGACCAGAAGAGCCAGAGCAAUGGCUGCUGUGCUGGGGGGGCACCUGUAUGUGAUUGGGGGAAAUGAUGGUGAAACCACUCUGAGUUCAGUGGAGCGAUACGACCCUAUAGAUGGUGACUGGUCGAUAUGCGCCGGCAUGCUCAGCCCCCGGGAGGGUGCCGGCUGCGCCGUGUACCUUGGCUGCAUUUACGUUGCCGGGGGCAAAGACGAGCUGAACCUGGAGCUCUGCGCCGCCGAGAGAUUUGACCCCGAGAAUAUGAGGUGGAUGCCCGUGAAGCGCAUGAGGAACAAGAGAGACAACGUGUCUCUUGCAGUCUUCAAUGGAGCACUGCUGGCUAUCGGAGGAUUUGAUGGUGUUUCCUACCUGAAAACAAUAGAAGUCUACAGCCAUGAAACCAACACAUGGAGACACUUUGGGAGCAUGAAGAGCAAGCAUCCAGGCGGGAGGGUGGCUGUUCUGUGCUGAAACUCCACAAUCCUCACAUUAUUGUUGAAGAGCAGUAGCCUAAUGGAUGCACUGUCAUAUAGAGAACCUAAUAUAAAGCAGCAUGAUGGCUGCAUGGCCCAGGAGAGCACACCAAAGGGAGAAACAACUGGAUCAAAUUUUGGAUUUAGAUGUACAGAAAUGUAUGGCUAUUGAUCAUCAAGCUUGCAAAACGUUUUAAUAUAGGUUGUUUGGUUCUGCGUGGUUAUUUGAUUGUCUUACAAAUGAUAACGCUCAGUGUAAAUAAAAAACACAAAUAAACAUAUAUUUUUAUCAUAUUGCACAACAUUCACAUUUUAAAAUGCAGUGUUUUAGCUUCUGUCUCUUUAAGACUCCCCUUCUAAAAAAUCCCAUCAUGUUGUGAAAUGAUGUGGCAUUUUAACUAAUCAGCUUGAAAGGUGUCCGUUCAUUGUUUGUGUGAGGUGUGCCUAACUAACCACAGGGGAGGACGUCACGUCAGGGUCAGCUGACUUUUAUCUGGACACUGAGCUCUCUACCUGCAGACAUGCACAAAAAACUAUGCAAGGAUAACAGGAAAAAGACAAAAUCCCAAAACAUCACACUGUGACCUGUUUUAAAAUGAAAAUUAAUCAAGGCUCUUAUGAACCACUGCCUGCGUCAUUUCGGAUAACUUUAAACUGUGAAUGCCAAUCAUGUUGUACCAUUUUAUAUUUGUAUUGUCUCUUGGGAGUAUUCACCCUGCUAUUUUCCUGUAAAACCCAGGGGUGUCACUGUAAAGGAAUGAUCCAAUUGCCUAACUGUAAAUGGGUAAACAAAAACAUGAAGUAAAGUAACAAAAAUCUGUCGAAUCCAGUUGUGGAACAGAAUUCUGUGGGAAUCCAGAUCCUGGAUCAAAUAAGCCAGCGAUUGAGAUCUGACUGCUGGCAUGGGAAACUGUAAGUGGCUGUGUGGGCUUGAACAUGAUGACGCUCAGAGCUCUUUUCCCUGGAGGAUAAUGGGCUGAAAUGUGGAGAGGCUGAACACAAGGAAGGCGCACAGAGCAACACGGCUUUUUCUGGAGGCAGCGGUGUCUCCCACUCAUCCGUCUGUGCUUACAGAAUGAAUAUUUUUUUCAAUUUAAGGGGGACAGUUGUGAGACAAAAAGCAGAGGACAGAGCUGUUCCAGGUAUGUUUUGAGAGAAAAAGGAUCUGAAUAUGUUUACGUGGAUAUUGAGAGGCGAAGUUGCCGACACUUUGUGUGCAUGCUGUGUGCUCCAUCGUGGUUGUAGGAUGGGAGGAAAAAAAAUAAAGCUAUUGAAUAUCUUG